UGCUUGAGUGUGUGGGUGUGCUAGUGCAGGAUAUCUUCCUUGUUCCGCGUCGUCUUGGCCCACUGUUAGAACCUGUUCCCUCAAGUGGGUUAUUGACGGUGUGGAUGGUGGGGGUCAGAGAUGGUACUACAUCUUGUAGUACAUAUAUAUACGAACGUCCUAUGUUCAUAAGACGUUCGUGUAUGUAUGUACGUGGUGGAUGGUGUGGCGUGAGCGUGGGUGGUGUGUGUGGGUGGUGGUCGGCAGCAGGGUGUGGAGGGUUUAGCGUCAGAACCUCAGCGGAGUGGCGGCGGCAGCGUUGAAGUCGCCAGUUGAGGUGUAGAGAGUGAGGCGGGCGGGCGUGCGUGUGUAUGUGUGUGCGCGCGCGCGUGUGGUGUGUUCCGUGGGUAUCCUUCGUUACCGCCCUCUUUACUUUGGGAGUUACUUGCCUGCUGGUGAAGGUGGGCCCUCGUGUUAGUUCCAGGGCAGCUGGUAGUGGAUAUGUGUAUACUCGGUGUGUAGUGUGUUACACCGGAGCAGACAGCGGCCCACACUUGCGGAAGUACGCUCAAGAGAGAGUGGCUGUCUGCUGCUGCUGCUGCACCACCCUAGCACCCGCACCACUACCUCCCCCAUUACUACAUACACCUGCUGCUGCUGCUUUAACUGCAGGUGCUGCAAGUUCUGGCUGACCCUAGCCUGAGGAGAAUCGUACAGGCGGUGAGAGUGAGGGUGAGGGCGAGGGCGAGGGUGAAGGGAACCUUGAUGAUGUGGUCUCCCCACCUCUGGAAGAUGCUGCCCCCCAACAGGAAGAUGCUCCGCCACACCCAGCUCGUCGCCCCAUGAAUGCCUUUCUUAUCUUCUGCAAAAGACAUCGAGCUCAGGUACGUGAAAAAUACCCUCACUUGGAAAACCGCCAGGUGACAAAGAUUUUGGGAGAGUGGUGGGCAGACCUUCCAGCUCAUCAAAAAACAUCAUAUACUGAGUUGGCAAGGCAGUACAAAGAGGCCUUCUUGCGUGCCAAUCCAGAUUUUAAGUGGUACAAGAUCCCUGCUCAGCCUCCACGACCACCACCUGCAAGACCCUCCAACCAGAAGGUCCCCAGGUGUAACCCUCUUCCUACAGAUGGUGCCAUCACUUUUGGAAAGCUUGCUGAUGAGGCUCAGAUGGGUGGGCUAAGUACCCUCCUAUCGACAGCUUCCAGCAGUAGUGGGAGCAGCAGUAGCACCAGUAGCAGUAACAGUAUUGGUAGCGGGUCAUCCAGUCUCACUACUUUCACCACUGCCUACGUGUCAGCAACAAACACCUCAGCAGCUCGCUCAUCUCCUAUUGGUUCCUUGCCAAGUGUGACUGCACUCGGUACAUUUACAAAUGCUAAUUCUACAAGCAUCUCCUCAAUGAGUACAAAUACAGUUGCUGCCACAAAUUUGUCAUCUUGGAGUGGAACAUUGCAGCGUCUUGGCCCAGGAUCCACCACUGCACAUGAUAGUUGUACGAAUACCACUUACAACGGCUGCAAACCUAACAGUGCAAAUACCACAUCAGUCAGUGCUGGGGUGGCUGCCAGUCUGUCGUCUCCACAGGUUGAAAGUACCACUAGUAUGACUCCUCCAAAACCCCCUAAGAAGAGGUACCUGCAUGAGAAUCUGUUGCAAGCUCAGCAGGCACCCACAGUACCAAUGCCAGCACACACACCACCUGACACCGACAAACAAAAGAAAAAUUCCAUUGAUGACAAAAUCAGAUUGAACUCUCACUGGCCUCAAGGUCCCAGGCAGAGGAGUGAGUAUGGGUUUUUUACCGAUACUGAAGCUGUGGAUGAGCAUCAGAGAAGAGCAACCAAUGGUUGUAUCAAUACUAGUUCUCCUCCAGGGAUCCCCAGUGUAGCUCCUGCUGAGCAGAGCCAUCAUUUUGACGUUUCUCACAGUCCUUUACAAGGGUCAAAUGGUCCUUUAUAUGGGCAUAUUUCACCUCCUGGCCAACCUCACACUCCUCCGCCAGAUGAACAGCCUCUUAACUUAACGACAGAGACAACAUUGUGUGCUUCACAGCAACAGUUGAUUAAUAACAUUGUAGAUAGAAUGUGUGGUGCGCCAAACAUAAAUAGCGUGAGUAGUGAUAAUCGCUCUGAUGUUCCUCGUUUCUUCCGACCUGAAAACUUGAAUAAUAAUAAUAAUGAAAUAGAAAAACCUGCCUUUCACAAGACUAUUGAUGCACGAAUAAAUGGAAUGUGUGAUGUGAGUUUACUUGUUUCAAAAACUAUUGAUUUUGUGAUUGAUAGAGCUUAUGAUGAAAAGGAAAAAAAGGAGAAAUUACUAAGAGAAGAGGGCAAAGGACCAAUAACAGAAACUAAAAGUAAUAUUUCCAGCAAUGGCACAUCAGUAGCAGAACCAAACAGAAAUGAAGAGAUGCAGUCAGAGGAGGCAAAAGGUGAACCCAAGGAAGCCAUGAGCUCCAGUUGUAAUAGUAACACUAAUGGCAUUUCCAAUCCAAAUCCCCGACCCAGAAAGAGAACCAAGGAAGAUGGAGACGAAACUGAUGCCUCUCUAAAAAAGAGACGUGAUAUUUCAAGUGGCCGUACCAAUCGGGGAAAUUCUAGAAAUGGGUUAGGGGUAGCAGGUAGCCGAUCACGGGCACCUCGAGCUUGCAAAGGGAAGAUCUAUGAAGGGCUCAUUUCUGAAGGCGUUCUACCAGCUCCCCGUAGAUCCAGAACAAGAAAUAGUCGAUGGGAAGAGGCUGAGUCAAAUAGCAUCAAGGAGCAAGACGAUGACCAGCGACAGCAGCGGCAGCAGCAGCAACAAGAGGAGGAGGAUAAUGAGGAGGAGCACACAGAAGAUGAUGAUAUUGUACACACCAAACCACCAGAGGAAGAAAAUGGGGAAUCAGGAGGUCGGAGACAAGAGGAUGGAGGAAGAAAGGGUCGGCGGCAAUUGCGUCGACUUCACCCAGAUGACUUUAAUCUAGAGGCCAGGAUUGAGGCGCUUCCUUCACUAAGUUUAGAUGAAUUCACUCGUCGUAAGAAAGAGAGGAAGCGUACAUCUUCAGCCUCUUCAACACAUGCCACUAAUUCCAACUCUUUGCAAACGCUGCCAGCCACACAACCCACAGUAGGAGUAGUCACCAGUAGUAGUCGGGUUUCUGCUCAGGCAGACUCCACUUCUGACGCCCCACCACCUACGUCGACCACUGUUGUGGCGAGCAGAGUUGCAACAGUAGGGGGUGUCAGUAGUAGUCAUAGUAGUAGUAGCAGCAGCAGCAGCAGCAGCAGCAUAAGUGCCGGAGGAAGCCUGUCUGAUGGAGAGCCUGCUGUUUCCCCAACGCCUUCUUCGUCUUCAUCCUCCUCUAUCAACACACAACAACACAGCCCUUCUCAGGGUCCAAUUCUUGUUAGUGGAGGCUCUUUAUCUCCUGGAGAAGGAUUGGUAGCAAGCUCUGAUGGUGGACCUCUUAUUGGUUCACAGAAGAGGAAGGCCCGCAAACAGACUAUAACAAGACACGAUCCUGUUCAUGGUCCUCUCAGAAGAGAUACGAGUGUUGUUGAGCAGAGUGUCCUGACAAGUAUGGGUCUGGCUGCUUUAGCAGAGGUAGCACUAAGUCAACCAAUUAUGAAACUUUGAGCAGAAUUUAUUGGUAAAGAAAACCAAGUUUUAAGUACACUAAAGGUACCAGUGUUUGUACAUUACAAAGUAUACUGGCACACUCUUAAGUCAAUUGUUUUAGUCGUUAUUUAUACAGACAUUGCAGCCUAAUAUUCAAAAGUCAUUUUAAACUUACCAAACUGUUAAAAGCUUAAACAAAAAAUGGAGUAUAAUUUUCAAAAAGUUUGAAACGGUUCCAUUAUCAUACAUCCUGUGUUGAACUGAUUGAUCUUCAAAUUGUCCAGUUCAAAUAGUUCAAUACAAUUCAAAUCCCAAUUGUAUUAAUGAAAGUUUGAAUUUCUUUUUCUUCAGAAUUUUAUAAUUUUUAUUUCACUGAUCAAAGCUUCAUCUGCCUGUGACUCAACUUACUCUUGGCUGUGCAGAUGUAAAUGGCAUCAUGUUGCCAAAACCUAAGGCUCCCACAAUUCUUUUAAACUUAUUAGAUGUUCAGUUUUUCAGUUUGACCUGUGAGCUGGUCUAGAGGAGUUACAUGCUUUAAUGAUUUUAAACUUUUAUAUGUAUAUACAAGUACCUUUCCUCCCCUGACAGCUACAGGGUUAAGAUAUUACAAGGAAAAAAUCAUAGUGUGUGUUUUUUCUAGCCAGAACUGGCUGAUUUGGCUUAUUUAGCAAGAUCAUUUUGCCAGACAAGCCGAGUAUAUACAGUAUUCAUUUUUCUAUAAAUCUGCAAAAAUGUCUGCAUAUCAUGAAAUUAAUAUAUAUUAUAUUGAUGAUAAAUAACUGAUAGGAUGGUCUUACCCAUGUUACACAGUAUUAAGCUAUACUGUAUUAGGUUAUGUAAAGUUUAGCAAUGUUAGGUUUGCUAAGUGAGUUUUGGUGAAAAUCUAAAAAAUUGUAUAGAAUACUAUGUUUAUUCUUAAUAUAUCUAUCAGGGUUAAAAGCAAAAAAAAAAAAGAUUAACCCUUUAAUUGGGCACAAAAUAUGUGUGCUAUUGCCUGGGGAAUGGAAA